CAUUGACCAAAGAGGAAAAGAAAAAAUUAUUAAAGAAAAAGAAGAAAAAAAGGAAUUGUUGUUUGAUUAUUAUAUUGAUUAUUAUAAUAUUAAUAUUAUUAGGAAAUAUAGCAGCCUUAGAUGUAGCAUAUGCAGCCUAUCGUAAUUCACCAAUAUCAAAUAUAACGAACUUAGUAAAUGAUUUCACCCCAGCGCAAGAACAAAACCUAAAAUCAACAAUAUGUUCAACGUUAUUAGGAACAACUCCACCAUUAAAUUUCAAUUGUGAAUUUUGCUGGGAUGAUAACUCAUUUUACAAUGUUACACAAUUCUGUAUGUUAAAAUCAGUAUAUAUAAAUGCUAUAAAUCGAACAAUGUUUGAACUGAAUAAUUGGAUGGAAGAUAUUAAUUAUUGUAAAUGGGUUGGAGUUAAAUGUGAUGAUUCCAAUAAUGUUGUUGAAUUAUUAUUAGAAUUUCCGAUUAUUCCAAGAUUUCUUGAUACUAGAAUAGGACAAUUAAAGACGUUACAAAAAUUUACUUUAAUUGGAGGCAAUAAAUUACCAAAUAAUUUAAUGUCCACUUCUUUAUUUCAAUUGGAAAAUUUACGAGAAUUAUUUAUAACAUCUACCGGUUUAACUGGCAAGAUUCCAAAUACUUUUGAUAAGAUGACUUCAUUAAAAACUUUACGAUUAACUAAUAAUCGUCAAUUAUCUGAUCCUAUUCCGGAUUCUAUAGCAAAAACCUCUUUGGAGAUUUUGGUCUAUGCUAUGCAAAAUAUUACUGGCGUAAUACCUGAUUUCAUUGGUAAUAGUCCUACACUACAACAAAGUCUGAUAAUGUUGGAUUUAAGUAGUAAUCUGUAUACUGGAGGUAUACCUGAUUCAAUAAUGAAUUUAAAAAAUUUGAAGACACUUAGUGUAGCAUUUAACCUUUUGUCCGGUGAAUUUCCUUCGAUUAUAACAUCAAAAUUUGCGAAAAGUUUAGUAUUUUUGGAUUUAAAUUCAAACAACUUUAGUGGUAUUAUACCUCCAUCUAUAGUUCAAUGUGAAAAUUUGAAAACUAUAAAUUUAGAAAGCAAUUCUUUUACGGGUCAAAUUCCAGCUGAAUUGUCUAAAUUACAAUUAUUCGAUUUACUAUUAUCAGAUAAUAAAUUAUCUGGAGAAAUUCCUGCAACAAUCGGUGAUAUAAAGUUAAACAGAUUGAGAUUGGCUAUUAAUGGGUUGACUGGUCUUAUACCGAAUGGUAUCUGUCAACAGAAAUAUUCAUUUUGUGACCUACAUACAAAUCAAUUUACGUCCGUUCCUGCAUCAUGUAGCGUGUGUACACUUUAAUAAAUUAUAUAUAUAAUAUUAGUGAUAUCAUGUAUAUGAAUGUAAUUUAGUUAUUAAAAAAUAAAUAGAAUAAUUAAUUAAUUAAUAAGAAUUUUCCGAUUUUUUUCAAUUAUUUUCUUUAAAAUUAUGAUAAAAUUUUACAUGGAAUACCUAGAUUAUUAUUAGAUUU